GCAGUGCGAGAGGGGAGUCUCCAGUUGCUUUUCCAUGUUCAGGGGAGAGAGACAUGGCGGAAGAGAUGCUCCGGCAGAGCCUCCGAGUCAAUGUGGGAAGCAGGGCUGCUUGUGCCGGCUUCUCGCCAAGGACGGUAAUGUGCUAAAAGUAAGGAUCCAUAAGCAUUCAACAACAGUCACAGUUAUUGACAACAGUACAGACGUAAGCAUGAUUAAAAUGAUUUCUGCUGAAGGGAAUGUAUAAAUGAAGAACUAUUGUGCUUGAGUGGUACAAUUCAUAAAAGAAGAUGGCUUUUGUUAGUUCAAAGGAAAUUGCACUAAUUGUUGGAGUAGUUGCGGCAUGUUACUGGAAUAGUCUCUUUUGUGGCUUUGUCUUUGACGACGUAUCGGCCAUUUUGGACAACAAAGACUUGCAUCCUUCUACACCUUUAAAAAAUCUUUUUCUGAAUGAUUUCUGGGGCACUCCUAUGUCUGAGGAGAGAAGUCAUAAGUCCUAUCGACCGCUCACAGUCCUCACAUUCCGUUUGAACUACUUGUUCAGUGAACUGAAUGCUGUUUCUUACCACUUCUUGAAUGUUAUAUUCCAUGCCAUUGUUUGCAUAGUUUUCCUCAAGGUCUGUAAGCUGUUCUUGGACAAUAGGAGCAGUUUGGUUGCAUCUUUAUUAUUUGCUGUACAUCCAAUACAUACGGAAGCAGUAACUGGUGUGGUGGGCAGAGCUGAGCUUCUCUCUUCCAUUUUCUUUCUUGCUGCAUUUUUGUCCUAUACCAGAUCUCGUGGGCCAGAAAACACUAUAGUGUGGAUUCCUAUUGCACUGACUGUGUUUUUAGUUGCUGUUGCUACAUUAUGUAAGGAGCAAGGAAUAACAGUGGUGGGAAUAUGUUGUGUCUAUGAAGUAUUUAUAGCUCAAGGGUAUACUUUGCCCAUUCUUUGGGACACAGUGUUACAAAUUCUACGAGGCAAAGUCAGCAUUCCCUAUUGUAUGCUCCAGAUGCUUUUGAAACUAAUAGUUCUAAUGUUCAGUACACUACUGCUUGUUGUGAUCAGAGUCCAGGUCAUUCAGUCACAACUGCCAGUGUUUACAAGGUUUGAUAAUCCAGCUGCUGUGAGUUCAUUUCCUACAAGGCAGCUCACUUUCAACUACCUCCUCCCUGUAAAUGCAUGGUUGCUUCUAAAUCCCUCUGAACUGUGUUGCGAUUGGACAAUGGGCACCAUUCCAUUGGUGGAGUCCCUUCUAGAUAUGAGAAAUCUUGCCACCAUGACUUUCUUCUGCUUUUUGGGAACUUUGGUUAUCUUCAGCCUUCGAUAUCCUGGGGAUUCUUCAAAGACUGUUUUGAUGGCACUUUGCUUAAUAGUGUUGCCAUUCAUCCCAGCAUCAAAUCUUUUUUUUCCUGUUGGCUUCGUAGUAGCAGAACGAGUGUUAUAUGUUCCCAGCAUGGGAUUCUGCAUGCUAGUAGCCCAUGGGUGGAAAAAACUCUCAAACAACAGUGUGCUAAGAAAGCUCUCCUGGAUUUGUCUGUCUCUGGUGUUGUUAAUUCAUGCCUUAAAGACAUUGCACAGGAAUUGGGACUGGGAGUCAGAAUACACAUUGUUUAUGUCUGCUUUGAAGGUGAAUAAAAACAAUGCAAAAUUGUGGAAUAAUGUGGGUCAUGCUUUAGAAAAUGAAAAAAACUUUGAAAGUGCAUUGCAUUUCUUCAUACAAGCUACCCAGGUACAGCCAGAUGACAUUGGUGCUCACAUGAACGUAGGAAGAACAUACAAAAAUUUAAACAGAACCAAGGAAGCAGAAGAAUCUUAUUUGUUGGCAAAGUCAUUGAUGCCACAGAUUAUCCCAGGUAAAAAGUACGCUGCACGAGUUGCUCCUAACCAUCUGAAUGUUUAUAUAAACCUUGCAAACUUGAUUCGGGCAAAUGACUCUCGCCUUGAAGAAGCAGACCAGUUGUAUCGUCAAGCCAUCAGCAUGAGACCGGAUUUCAAACAAGCAUACAUUAGCAGGGGGGAAUUGCUUUUAAAAAUGAACAAACCCCUUCAAGCUAAGGAAGCUUACCUCAGAGCACUUGAACUGGAUAGGAUUAAUGCAGACCUGUGGUAUAACUUGGCAAUUGUUUAUAUUGAACUGAAAGAUCCCACGGAAGCUCUGAAGAAUUUCAACAGGGCAUUAGAACUCAAUCCCAAUCAUAAAUUAGCUCUGUUCAAUUCUGCACUCCUAAUGCAAGAAUCUGGAGAUGCUAGACUUAGGCCUGAAGCUAGGAAGAGGCUUCUAGAUUAUGUAAAAGAAGAACCGCAGGAUGCAAAUGGCUAUUUUAACUUGGGUAUGCUUGCCAUGGAUGACAAAAAAGAUGCUGAGGCAGAAACCUGGAUGAAAAAAGCCAUAAAGCUACAGGCCGGCUUCCGAAGUGCUUUGUUCAAUUUGGCACUGCUUUAUUCACAGACUGCAAAGGAGUUGAAGGCUCUGCCAGUUCUAGAGGAAUUAUUGAGAUAUUACCCUGAUCAUGCCAAAGGUUUGAUUCUGAAGGGAGACAUUUUGAUGAACCAAAAGAAAGAUAUACAGGGAGCUAAACAAUGUUUUGAGAAAAUCUUGAAAAUGGAUCCCAACAAUGUACAAGGAAAACACAACCUUUGUGUUGUAUAUUUUGAAGAAAAAGACUUACUAAAAGCUGAGAAAUGUUUAGUGGAGACGUUGGCUUUAGCCCCACAUGAGGAAUACAUCCAACGACAUUUAAGCAUUGUCCGAAGUAAAAUUAUUUCACUUGGCCCAGGAGAGGUUCCUGUAAUUCCAACAGAAAAGGCUGGGGCUGUGGAAGGGAAAAAAAUCCCAUUGGAAAACACAAAAGGGGAAAAAAAUGAACAGAAAAGCACUCGGACUACAAAUAGUAAUCAUAACAAUAAAGGGCAGACAAAGCCCAAGAAAAAUGUGGAGAAAAACACCACAGACAAAGAGACGAAAAAGAAAUCUACAAAAGAAAUUAAAGACAUUGAGAAAAAACGGGUUGCUGCUCUGAAAAGAUUGGAAGAAAUUGAACGUAUAUUAAAUGGUGACUAAUUUUUUGGAAGACCUCCAAUGUAGGAGGUUGAUGUCUUCUUCCAUGUUUGGGUGCAUAUGUGAGUUCGGUCUGAAAUGACCCUUGGUGCUGUUUGAAUUUGGGGAAAAUGCUGAAAACAUAUCAUGAGAAGCAGGAGGUGAAAACAGAAAAGUUGUUUCUGUUACAAAAAAAUCAGGAAAAUCAUGGUUUUUGAUGCAUGGUAAAAGGGAUUGAGCUUUAACUGACACACAGGUUUUCCAGCAAUAGAUGCUGUAAUACUAAUACUGCAACGACCUGUUUCUUGGGAAGCAACUUUUGUGGUACUUCAAAUUGAACUUGUUUAGAAUCAAGCUUCAAAAUUCUAAGGACUAGAAAAUGCUUGAAGGCAAAUUUUGAAAAGGUACCUCAGGUAUGAUGAUGUGUACACUAAAUUUAAGGGGAAAUACACUGAUUCAGUGCACAUUUGGGGCUAAGGAAUGCACAUUUGGGGCUAAGACUAGUAUUGGUCCUACUUAGGUCCUUUAAAAUGAAUGGGAUUUGUUAGUCAUAACUAAAUGAAGUGCCAUUGAUUUUAAUGGGUUGGGUAAAACUAAUGUUAGAUUGAGCCCUUAGUCUAGAUAACUUUUUUCCUGAAUUAGCUCAUUGAGUUUUCACAUAUUUUUCUACCUAUUCAUUGUACAUCCCAUCUCUAUUCCCCCAUUUCUCUAGAAUUAUGAGUGCUCCUGAAUGUGUUGCGGGUUAACUAGCAAAUACCACUCCCUAUUAUGUGUCUGCAUGCAUGCAUUUGAUGCUUUAAAAAACAACAACACUUGUCUAUAUAACACUAAAAGUGCAAUGAUUCUCUAAAUCAUUGGGGAGGAUCUCAUCCCAAAAUAGUGCUAAAUUAAACUUCUUCAACUAUUAUGUGGUUAAGAUCCUGUUGUGUUCUUACUACAUUUCUGCAAACAGUAGGUCCAUUUCCCAGCAGUCACCUCCACCAAUGUGAGAAAUCGCUUGAUGCAAAAUGUAUGGGUUUAUUUCUAACCCAUUGGAACAUGGGUACUGGAGUUUGUUGUCUUUCUUUCCCUUCUUUACUUUGUUUUUAAGUUAAGAAAUAGAUGUGAGGCAUUCCUGGGUUUCAAGUUUUUCGUCAAUGAAUAGAUUCCCUGAUACAGUAAAAUAAGCCAAUGCUCUCCAUCUCUCUCUCUCUCUCUCCCUCUCUCUCUCUCUCUCUCUCUCUCUCUUGCAAUUACUUUAAAUUCUGUUUUAUUUUUUGGAGUUUACACAUAUGCUAUGGGGAUAUUGUUAACAAUUGAGGAUUCCAGGUAGCUCUAUAAUUAUUAAGGUUUGCUCUGCAGUAGAGCACGUACUUUGCAUUCAGGAAGGUCCUGGAUUCAAUUCUUGUAUCUCCAUGUAUGACUCUGAAAAACCCUUUUAGAGCUCCUGUCAAUCAGUGUAAACGAGCCAGCUGGAACAAUGAUCUGACUCAGCUUCCUGUGGAGUCAGUCAAAACGACAUUUAUAGAAUAGAACUGUUAAGUCACGUCAUUUUUCGUGGCUUAAGAAAAACCUGAGGGUUGCAUGGAAAGUACAGCCAAUUGGACAUGACAUGCAAGUAAACCAUGGAAUUAUUCCUUUUAAAAAAACACUGCAGUUCUGAAAGUUUCCCAGCCUCGUUGUCCAAUGGAGCAGUUGUGUAAAAGAAGGAACGUUCCCAUGCCCUACUUGCAACAUGUGUAGAUCAUCAUGUGUACACAAAGACGUGCUGAUCAUACAUAAACAGUCUAUACCCAGAUCAUGUUAUUCCCAACAUACGUAGAGAUUUUGCACUAAUUCACGUCUAAAAGGUUGACUUCAUUUCCAAACAUGAAAUUGUUUACCUUUUUAAUCACAGAAUUUGUGGGGAAAUGUUAAUUAAGUAUUUAUUCUGUCUACUAAAUUCCAAAUUGUUUAUUUCCACUAACAUCUGUAUUAGAAUGUGUUAAUUUAAUUUCUAAUGAGAAACAUGGAUUGAUAAUUUCUGUGUUUUUAUAUCUGUGGCUAUGCAUUUUUUCUUUUAAAUAUACUGUUGAUUGUCUAAAAAACUUCUUUUUAAUUUUUUUUAAUGUUAGCGCUUCCUGAGAACUAAAAAGACAUUUACAUUGGCAGAAA